ACAUUAUUUAAUUUGUAGAACCAGCUUUACAUAUCAAGCAAGACAGCUUAGCACCUCUGAUCAAAUAUGGCUGCCAGAACACUUCCAUUCUUCUUAACUCUCCUAUUUCUGCUUCAACUCCACUCCUCAGCUGGACAAAAUGCAGUUAGAGCUGGAUACUGGUUUCCUGGUAGUGGAUUUCCAGUUUCCAGCAUCGAUUCCACCCUUUUCACUCACCUUUUUUGUGCAUUUGCUGAUCUCGAUCCCCAAACUAACCGGGUUAUCAUCUCGUCUGCAAACCAGGCUCAAUUCUCUACCUUCACGCGAACUGUCCAACAAAAGAAUCCUUCUGUCAAGACCCUCUUAUCUAUCGGUGGAGGAGCUGCAGAUGAGACGGCCUUCGCUGGAAUGGCAAGCCAAGCCGGUUCACGCAAAUCAUUUAUUGACUCUUCAAUCAAUUUAGCGAGGUCUAAUAACUUCCACGGCUUGGAUCUUGAUUGGGAGUAUCCAUCCACCACUACUCAGAUGACCAGCUUGGGUCUACUUCUUGCUGAAUGGAGAGUCGCUGUGGCCAACGAGUCUAGGAGUACAGGCAACACUCCAUUGCUUCUAUCGGCAGCAGUUUUCCGCUCAUCAGAUUAUUACACCAUCAACUAUCCAAUCAGAGCUAUAUCAAACAGCUUGGACUGGAUCAAUGUAAUGGCGUAUGACUUCUACGGUCCUGGUUGGUCAAAUGUGACAGGACCACCUGCUGCAUUAUACAACCCUGGGACAACAAGGAGCGGGGAUUAUGGAAUCACAACUUGGAUCCAGGCUGGUGUGGCAGCUAAUAAAAUAGUACUUGGAUUUCCCUUCUAUGGCUGGGCUUGGACGCUUGCAAAUGCUAAUAACAACGGCUUUUUCGCACCAACUGUUGGACCCGCUAUAUCGAACGAUGGCGACAUCGGCUAUGCACAGAUCAACAAUUUCAUCGCUCAAAAUGGUGCAAGCGCACUUUACAAUUCAACUUUCGUUUCCAAUUUUUGCUACUCUGGCACAACCUGGAUUGGAUACGAUGAUAAGGAGAGUAUUUCGACUAAAGUCACCUAUGCCAAGAACAGAGGAUUGCUUGGUUAUUUUGCCUGGCAUGUUGGUGCUGAUGACAACUGGGCUCUUUCUCAACAAGCGGCAUCUACAUGGGGAGCAUAGACACAAAACGCUGACAGGAUAAGCAUAUAGGUAUCAGUAUCUGUAUACAGAGUUAUACACUAUCUUAAGAAGACGAGUAAGCCAUAUUAAAUAACCAAUAUGUUUCCAUGAUAUCCUAAUAUUUACCUAUGGAAUAAUAAAUUACAUAUUUUUCCCAAUUA